GUGACCAACUCUACUGCCGACCUGUACUCAACAACACCAAGACCCUGCCCGAACCCUAUGAUCCCACGAUCGUCUUCAAUAAUGUGUAGCUAUAAGUCUUGAUGAGCCCGGUAGAUUGUCAAUAUACGGCGCAUCUACGCCAUAUCGCAUGCUUGCUUCCUAGGCGCCACCACUACAUUCGCUUUUCACAACUCUACAACUUACCACACACAUAGUCGAUUCCCACCAGGACGCACCCUUGAAGAGCCGACACUUUUAAACAAUUCUACCGGAGUGUCAAGCAUUACCCUAAGGCGCCCGACUUCGGGUCAGCUUUAGUCAGACGGAAAGGUUCAAAGCACAAACAUGAGUGACCUUGACAAGGCUAUCGCACAGCUACGCGCAUGUCGUCUUAUACCGGAAAACCAAGUCCGUGAGCUUACGUACAAAGCGCGCGAGCUGCUGAUCGAGGAAGGCAAUGUGGUGGGCGUUGAUGCGCCAGUGACGAUAUGUGGCGAUAUCCAUGGACAGUUCCACGACUUGAUGGAGCUUUUUCGUGUUGGUGGCGAUGUGCCAGAGACUAAUUAUUUGUUCAUGGGCGACUUCGUUGAUCGGGGGUUCUAUUCUCUCGAGUCCUUUUUACUUCUUCUUUGCCUCAAAGUACGAUACCCAGACCGCAUCACCCUCAUUAGGGGAAAUCACGAAUCACGACAGAUUACGACAGUAUAUGGAUUCUAUGACGAAUGCAUAAGAAAAUACGGGAGCGCAAAUGUUUGGAGGUAUUGCUGCGACGUCUUCGACUACCUUGCCCUUGGUGCGCUCGUCACAGGCGCCACUACCAACCUUGAGCCCUCUGCAGCGCCAUUCCAAAGCUCUGACACGGCUUCACAAUCCGAACAGAACUCCUACGCUGACCAAGACAUCGAGAUCGAGAUACUCAAUUCCGCCGGCGAGAUCAUGUCGCGCUUUCCACGUGCAUCACAGCAACAAGCCCCUCUUUCACCUUCCAAGACACUUCCGUCUUCGUCUCCUAUUGCUCCAUCUGCCUCUGGCCCAAGUGGGACCGGUGCCACAUCCUCCUCCAACGGCUCUCGUACGUCUAAUUCUGGAGCUGUUCUCUGCGUCCAUGGCGGCCUCUCGCCCCUGAUCGAUACGAUUGACAAGAUUCGCCUCCUUGAUCGCAAGCAGGAAGUUCCACAUGAAGGCGCCAUGUGUGAUCUUCUCUGGUCUGAUCCUGACGAGAUUGACGGAUGGGGACUUUCUCCACGAGGCGCUGGGUUUCUUUUCGGUGCCGACAUUGUCAAAUGUUUCAACCAUACGAACAAUCUGUCGCUCAUCGCCCGCGCACAUCAGCUAGUCAUGGAGGGUUUCAAAGAGAUGUUUGAAAGCACAAUUGUCACAGUGUGGAGUGCACCCAACUACUGCUAUCGAUGUGGCAACGUAGCCGCAAUUCUAGAGCUUGGCGAAGACGGAGGCAACGGGGGCUUCGUACCACGGAGUAACGGCGACAUUGGGAGAAGUAGAGGCGUACUGAAUGAAAGGAAUAGAGAAGGUCCCGGGCGCAGAUAUAGGGUAUUUGAAGCAGCACCGCAAGAUUCCAGGGGGAUGCCGGCUAAGAAGCCAGUUGCGGACUACUUCUUGUGAGAAGUCAGAGAACAUAAGCCUCUUGAAUAGAGCAAUAUAUCAAAACAUACCCCAUACGUAACGUAGAACCUUCAACCAUGCAUCACAGCCACCCAAAGACCAUUUCUGUCCUGACACCACGCAAGAACUCCAGAAUCAUGCCAGCCA